AUGGAAAUUUUUAAACGGUUAGGAAGUCUAAAAGAGGCUGAUAGUGGCUGGGAACCCAUCUUGAGGCAUGAUUUUAUCAGUUCAAAGCGUGGAGAGCUGGAGAAAUUGAGUGAACAAACGAUAAAAUAUAGAUUUACGCAAUGGGAGUGUCAAUCUUUGUUUAUAGGAGCCUUUUUAGGGCACUGUAUAAUGAGCGUGUUCUCAGAAGCGUCUCUGCCUCUGGCUCUAUCUCUCUACUUUCUGCUAUCGUUCAUACAUCUUAGGAUUCGAAGGGAUGUGUAUACACUCUACUCCAAUAUGUUGUCACACACUUUCUAUAUGCUGGUUUUGAGUUUUUACAUCUUCUUCUCGCACAAAUAUGGAGCGUCCAUGCACAUCCUCGUUAUGCUGCUCUACUCAUCGCUAUCAUACACAUAUGCGUGGGUCAUUCUGGACAGAUAUUUCGGUCUACUUGAUCCAUUUGCGGGAUAUUCAUUCGAGUUUAUGAUCCCAACCCUGAGAGAGGUUCACGGAGCUCUCGUGGGAACAACUGCAUUUCUGGGAAUUCUAUUCUCAAUAGUUCACUUGUAUUCCCUGACAUAUGCCUCAUUAGUCUCUGUGGUAUUUGCAUUGCUUUCGCGCUGGAAAUAUACGAGUGUUGUGAGAAGGAACUUUAAGACUGUCUCUAGGGAGCCUCAAGUGCUUAACCAAAGGUAUGAUACAUUCCCUAGCGUACAAAGUCUACUAAGCUUUGUAUUUACUCUCACUUCCCUGAUCAUUUCUAUAAUAUCGUGUUUUGGUGGCAAUAAGCUCUAUGUUGGAUCUCAAGAUGGGUUUUUGUCUUAUCUUGCAAAUAAUCAACUAAAUUUUACGCACAUUCGCAAAGUUACAGCAAUGUGCUAUCUUUUGGCUCUCAAUUUGUUUUUACUGCUAUUGGUGCAAUUCUUGUUCCUGAUUCAAUUUGUAUUCAGAUCAAGUCCCCUGGAUAAACUUCUUCACUGUAGAUUUGUGAUUUUAGGCCGGGCUUGCACAGAUGCCGUGCAUAAUAAAAUAUUCAAAUGCGAUAUCUAUUGCUUAGAUGCAGGAAAUAGAGUAAAGAGUGUAGAAACAUUGUAUAAAAAAUAUUACAAGGGGAACUCCUCAAGAUUAGAGAAAAACAUGCUCUGCAUAGAAAAUCUAUAUCUGCUUGUACAAGAGUAUAUUUUAAAAACGGAAAGGAUUAAAUCAUUAUACUGCUUUUUGAUACAAAAGGAUCCUGUUGACCCAUUAAAAACAAUGGAUCCACUCGUAAAAUGCAGAAUGAAACUCGAAGGAUGGGAUAGAGAACUUACUGCAACUAUAGAGGCCGAAAAGAAAAGUAGGGAGGAAAAGCGUCAAGCAUUAAGAAGGCAACUUGAAGCAGAGAUAUUACCGCCGCAGGAUUGUGGCUCAUUUCUUCCUCCAAAGAGAUCAAUAUCAAUUCCAAUAGAACUGUCACUACAAAACUCCGGCCUAUAUCCAAAUCGUUUAUCCAAGGUUGAUAAUCGCCGAUGCAAAACCACAGCCAUAUAUGAUGACUUGUACCUUGGAGAUGGAAUCGUUGAUCGCACUUUAUUCAAAAGGACGGAAUUGUUUACAGAACCCUGUGUAUCUCCAAAGUAUGAAGAUGUACAGAUUGAUUCAACAAACCGUACAAUUGAUUCUCGUGAUUGUCUCACUCCAACUGAACCUUCCCCUGUUGCUAAGAGCGAAGAAAUUGUUAUAGAUUGUGGAGAGUCUGAUGCAGAAUUAGAUACUCUUGUAGAGUAUUUCCUGGCCAGGCAAUACGCCUCUGAUGGCGAAGUGGAGUAUAAUGUGCAAAUGGACAAAGAGUGUCCGGAUACACCCUUAGAGGGGGAAGUUUGUAAGUCAGCAAGAAAUGAUACUUGUCCAACAGAUGCAGCUCUAUCGCAAGAUACUAGUCCUGUGAAGUUAAAUGCUCUAUCCAUAGAUGAAAGGUUGCAAAAUAUUAUGAGGAAAGCAGAAUAUGGCAACAAGAGGAAAAAGUUGAAAUUUAGUGGGAAACGAAGUGUGAAGAACCUUACAAGGUUCUUUAAUAAGGCGUUCAAAGCUGAGUCUACACCUUGCUCGCAAAUGGAAUACACAUCGCAAGAUUGCACACCAGUCUCCGUAAUGGAUAUAGGAGUUGAUCUAAAUGUACAAGAUAUCCCUUUGGAAUACAAAAAUGAGGCUUUCAUAGAUGGCACAAGUGCACAAGACUCUCCAGAAAGUCUAAUAGACCAAAGUGCUCCUCAAGCACUUGCAAGCAUAGACAUUCUCGAUGCUGAAGCGGAAAUUACACAGACAAACUUACCGACAUAUAUCUCCGCAAGUGAAGUAGAAGAAGAAACACCAAGGGAAAUAGAAUUCCCAACACAAGAUGAUCCGUUAACACUCGUAAGAACGUAUGAAAUGUCUGAAUUCUCAAGAAAGAGUCAACGUGUCAGAACAUCAGACGCACCAAUUAUGGUCAUCCCAAUAUCGCAUAUGCACAAGAACUUUUACGAUUCAAACUUGAAAGUUGUACAUCCACAAGCCACAAGUGGGCUAAACUUUUGCUCUUCUGGAGGAGAAACUGGACGAGUGGAAACGACUGAAAAUGAUGUAAGGUCACAAUUUAGCACCGAUUCAGAAUCCAUAGACGUUGAUCCAUAUAAAUUCAUAAAUGAAGAACUUGAAGCAUACAAUGGACACGGAUCAUCCGAUGUAACACCCUCCAUCUCAAGAACUGAGUCAAUCAUGAAGGACCUAAUCGAUGACAUUAGCAUUCAAGAUAGCGAUGAAUUAGAAAGUAAUGCAAGCUUCAACUACAUUUGGGGAAAAUAA